CUCGCUUCCGCCUCUGCCAUCGCUAUGGCCGCGCCGGGGCCCGGGCUCGUCUCCGUCUUCUCCAGCCCGCAGGAGCUGGGUGCGUCGCUGGCGCAGCUGGUAGCGGAGCGGGCGGCCGGCUGCCUGGCGGGCUCCCGCGGCCGCUUCGCGCUCGGUCUGUCGGGAGGCAGCCUGGUGUCACUGCUGGCCCGCGAGCUGCCCGCCGCCACCGCCUCGGCCGGCCCGGACGCCCUGGCGCGCUGGACGCUCGGCUUCUGCGAUGAGCGCCUGGUGCCCUUCGAGCACGCCGAGAGCACGUACGGCCUCUACCGGACCCAGCUGCUGUCCCAGCUGCCCGUGCCCGCCAGCCAGGUGCUCACCAUCGACCCGCAGCUGUCCGUGGAGGCGGCAGCCGAAGACUACGCACAGAAGCUGCGGCAGGCCUUCCAGGGUGACUCUGUCCCUGUGUUCGACCUGCUGAUCCUGGGCGUGGGCCCCGACGGCCACACCUGCUCGCUCUUCCCCGGGCACCCCCUCCUGCAGGAGCGGGAGCGGACUGUCGCCCCCAUCCGGGACUCCCCAAAGCCCCCGCCGGAGCGUGUGACUCUCACCCUGCCCGUCCUCAACGCGGCCCGCACCGUUGUCUUCGUGGCCACCGGCGAGGGCAAGGCCGCCGUCCUCAAGCGCAUCCUGGAAGCCCGGGAGCCGCUGCCGGCGGCGCUGGUGCAGCCGCACACCGGGGAGCUGCGCUGGUUCCUGGAUGAGGCGGCCGCCCGCCUGCUCAGCCUCCCGGUGGAGAAGCACUCGGCGCUGUAGCCCUCGGACCCGGGACCGCAUGGACCUAGGGGCCUGCGCCAGACAGCAAGAAACCACAUGGUGCAGCUUCCGGACCAAGGCCUGGCUCCUGGCAGCCGCCGAGCCCCCGGCCACACGGUGCCCCCAGCAUCGGGGUCCCCGCCCGUGGGGCCCUGCCCGCAGCCACUGUGACCCGGAUAUUAAAGGUGCAUCUUGCUGAA